AUUCCCGUUCAGACUGGUCCGCCCGGGGGAAGCCCCGGGGCAGGGCAGGACCUGGCAGCCGCCCGGGCAGGCGGGGUUUGCACGUCACUCCUCGUGUCUCCACUUUCGGGGGUUUACGUUCCCCGGACACCCCACAACAUGCCGGAGCGCGCCAUCACCUCGAGGCUCCAGCUCUCCGGGCUGUGCUUCCUCCUCCAAAUCCUCACCAUCGUCCUCUUCGCCGUCUUUGUGCGGUACAGCCCUGAGAGCAGCGCCGAGCUCUGCUCGCAGCAGCUGAACUGCAGCCAGAGAAAGCUCGACUUGGGUUUUCAGCAUCCCCGUUUCCGGGAUGGCCACCUCCGAGCUCUCCUUGGCUUCGGGCUCCUGGUGGCCUUCCUCGGCCGUUACGGGCCGGGGAGCAUGGCCACCAGCAUCCUCACCAUGGCCUUUGCCGUCCAGUGGGCCAUCCUGAUUCAAGGGUUUUUAUACUUCUUCCUGAAUGGCAAAAUUCACGUGGGAGCUCAGAGCAUGGUCAGCGCCGACUUCUGCACCGCAGCCAUCCUGAUCUCCGCCGGAGCCAUUCUGGGCAGGGUAAACCCCGUCCAGAUGCUGCUGCUGACCCUACUGGGAGUCACCCUCUUCAGUCUCAAUGAAUACAUCCUGCUCAGCCUCAUGGGGGUAAGCGACAGUGGUGGCUCCUUGACUGUCCACACCUUCGGAGCAUAUUUUGGCUUGAUGGUUUCACGGAUCUUGCACCAGUCCCAAAUGGACGAGAGGAAAGAACAGCAGGAUGUGGGCCCUCUGUCAGAUGUCUUUGCUGUGGUUGGAACCAUCUACCUGUGGAUCUUCUGGCCUGGCUUCAGCUCAGCCACCACAGCCCAUGACAACACCGAGCCUUGGGCAGUGCUCAACACCUACUUCUCACUGGCGGCAAGCACCCUGGCCACCUUCGUGCUCUCGCCUGUCCUGUAUGAGGAGAGCACACCGCGGAUGGUUCAGAUCCAGGAUGCUGCCUUGGCCAGCACAGCUGUGAUGGGGAUGCCUGGGGAGAUGCUGGUCACCCCCUUUGGGGCUCUCGUUGCAGGGUUUCUGGCUGGCUUGAUCUCCCUGCUUGGCUUCAGAUUCCUUACGUUCUUCCCUGUGCUCUCCGCAGCCUGUCCUGCGCUCCAGGCUGAAAAUCCAGGACACAUGUGGGGUUCACAACGUCCAUGGGCUGCCGGGGAUCCUGGGCGCCCUGCUGGGGACACUGCUGGCGGCACUGGCCACUGCAGAUGCUUACAGCGGCAGGCUGGAGCUCGUGUUCCCACUGGUGGCCCAGGGCAGCCGGACGGCCACCGACCAGGCGCUCUGGCAGCUUGGCGCGCUGCUCAUCACCCUGCUGCUAGCCGCACUCGGGGGUGGCCUCGGGGGAGCCGUCCUGAAGCUGAAGGGGCUGAGGUCUCCUCCGGACACGCGGUACCCAGAAAGCAAAGUCCUCCGGGAGGUGGCUGAGGAAGGACCGGACUGCGGGGUGAGCAGAAAGGAGCCAAGUACCAGCACCGUGGUGUGAUGACCUUGACUCCCCGGUGAGGUCCUGCACCAUCAGGCUUGACCCUCCACCAGCAUCACCAGCGCCGGGCAGCUUCUGGCAGCCUGAAUUUCAGGCUCCAAAGGCUUGUCCCCACAUGGGAGCCAGCUUCUGGUCCUGAAGGUUUGGGGAGCGGUCGGGUGCUCACAGGCCUUUGCGGGGUGAAGAGAUGCUGCAGGGAUGCGGAUGCUUGUUGUGGGAGCAACCUGGCUUGCUCCAGGAACACCUCGGGGUGUCUAGGCUGAGCUCAGCCCCUUCCCCUCUCCGCUCUGUGCCUCAGUUUCCUCAUCUACCACUCUCUGAGAUGCAUGGAAGGAAGGAAGGCAAGGAGUGGGACUCUUUUCUUUAGGGUUGCUGUAUCAGGGAAGGGGCACACCGGUCUCCAUGGAAAGUAGCGGAGAUGUUCUGUGGACACUUUUUGUACGCAACAUUAAAACACAUAGAACUUA